UAGAAAGUUUCAGCUUCCUUUCUGACUCCCUACAACCCAGGGCAGAUCCCUAUGACAUCCACUUUUUACCACUACAUCCCUUUGCCCAUGGUUGAAAACUCAAGGGAGCUAAUGCUGGGGCACUACAAGCUCCCAAGGUGGCUGGGGAUCCUGCUGGUCCUGCUGGUCCUGUUUGCGGUGGGUCUGUUUGUGACCACGAUCAUCCUCAGUGUCCAGGUCCACAGCCCAGCUUGCAAGGAUGGCCGCAGAGCAGAGCAGGAGUGUCGAAACUUCACCCACUUCCUGGAGCGCCAGUGGACUCAGGCCCAAGAAAUCUUACUGAAGACUAAGGCCCAGGCUGCCACUUACAACCAGACUGCAGUGACCCUGAUGGCUUCCCUGAAGAUGCAGCAGGCUCAGGGCCAAAAGCUACAGGAGCAAGUACAAGAGCUUCAAGAGGAGAUUAGGACAUUGAAGCAGAAGCUGCAGAACACAACCCAGAAGCUGCAGGACACAACCCAGAAGCUGCAGGACACAACCCAGAAGCUGCAGGACACAACUGCAGAGCUGAAUGAACUAAGAAAAGACCAUGAAAGCUUCGGCAGGGACUAUGGCUCCACCAACUCCGGGAACACCCUCAGCCUCUCUGUGGUCACUAUGCUCCUGACCCUGAGCCUCCUGGAUCUGUUGGCCUGAGGUCCCAGGAAGCUGGCAGGUCACAACCUGGACUGGUUCCAGUUCUGCUUCCCUGACCUGGACAGUUUUGAGGGGCCACACGACUGCAUGGUUGGGGAGCAGGGGAUGGUUGGGGGGAGUGGGGGGGACUCAGAUGGCAAGAGGUGGUUCAUGGGGUAGCCUUGGGGGUGGAGAAGCAUCCGAGUUGGCCCACAGCUGCCCCUCAAAAAUUGGUGGGUCAUGGAUUGGGGGGCAUCUGCUUUUUGUUGUUCAGGGUUCUGGAAUGUCACUUUGUUCUGGGGUCUUUGGGUACCAAAAAGUAAACAUUCCUUUUUGGGGGAGUGACCUUA